UACUCAACUGAAACGAUAUGAAACACUACAAUCGGUAUAAAAGCUUGCCCUAGUAGAGUCCGAUCAUUGUAUCCUCGUGUCUACACAACACAAACACUACAACAUGAACACCUUCGCUGUUCUGCUGCUCUGCGUCCAAGCUUGCUUGGUUCAGAAUGUUUGGGGCCAGCUGAUCGCUCCCGGUUGCGGCGGCACUUAUGGUCUUGGCGCUUACGGCCUCGCGGACGGUAUCUACGGUCCCGGUAUCGGCGCUUACGGCCUCGCUGACCGCGCUUACGGUCUCGGUGUCGGCGCUUACGGCCUCGCUGACGGCGUUUACGGCCUCGGCCUCGGUUGCGGCGCAGCUUACGGCGGCGAAGGCAUCGGCGAUGUAGCGGUCGCCGGUACACUGCCGGUGGAAGGCAGGACCCUGGUCGCCGGACAGGUGCCGAUCAUGGGCGCCGUGGAGUUCGGAGGCGUCGUGCCAGCCGCUGGCGGAGUGUCCAUUGCCGGCAGCUGCGGCUGCGGCUGCAGGGGACCCUACCUCUACUGAGAACCACCUCCAAUCGCUUGACUUUACACUGCUCGAAAAAAUUUGACUAAUUCGAAAUAAACGAAUGAUUUAGCAUUUUAA